CAGAAAAUCUUUCUAAAAAAUAACAUAAAAUUUAUACUCAACAGUUGAUACCUUUCAGUAAGUGUACAGACGUUGAACGACUACACACUUCUGGUCGGACUGAAUAUUUUAAUUUAAUAUUUUUUUUUAAGUUUUCAUUUAAUUGCUUCUUUAUUUCGGUUGUUGUGAAUAUUAUAUUGCGCGUCCGUUGCAUAUCCCCGUUGUUUUGAUUUAUUUUUAAAAAUAAAUACAGCCAGUGUGAAGUACUAACUGUUUGGAUUUAUUAAACUAUGGAAAAGGAGCCAGAUUCAAUGGCAACAGUACAAAUGAAGGGCGACUAUGCAGCCAGUGAAGUUUACAGCACAGCUGGUAGUGAAGCACCUCCGGCGUACCGACAUCAUUCGAGCUCUGUUAAAAUUGCAAAAAUAAUUGCACUCACCGUGAUUGCAUCAUCCUUCAUUAUUGGAUCGUUUAUUUUGGCAUCGACUUACUUACAAGCUAGAGCAACAUGCGAUCAAAUGCAAACAUUGGACUCCGUUUUGGAAAGAGAACUGAUGUUGGAAGCGUUGCAACAGGAAUUACCAAACGCUGAAGCUCUUCUACAAUCCAAAACUGAAAUUCACGACAACGACAUCAGCAAAGAUCAAAAAGAUGAGACUGAAAAGAAAGACGAAAAAAUGACGGAAGCACCACAAACAUCUGACAAUGAAUCGGAAAGCGAUUCGUCAUUCUCAGAUAGCGAUGAAAGUGGUGAAAUGAAUCGUGUCCAUAUCAAAUUGCCUCUGGAGCUAGACCUUAGCGAAUUGGCUAAUGCUAUUUUGGAGAACAAUCAAAAGUCCAGAAUGAACUGUGUUGUUGAACGUCGUCGUGCUGAGGAAUUUAUCGACGCACCAUCGAAAACUAUGCAAUUACCAUUCGGUGUAAACUUAACGACUGACCCAAAACGUAAACGAGUUACAGGAGAACGUAUGGCUAUUUUCUGCGAGAGUGGUGUUGAGCCGAGACAAGAGCAACAAGCCGAACAAAUCCCACAGUUUAUGAUGCCACCUCCUCAACGCUAUCCGAUUUCUUUCGGAGCAAUCCCACAACAAGUACCAUUGACACACAUGCCACACCAAAUGCCACCCCAUAUGCAACAACAACAACAAUUACCACAAUUCGCUCCUCCCCAGUUCAUGAUCCGUCAAAUGCCUCCACAACAGCAACAACAACAACAACAACGUCCACCACAGCCAAUGGUACACCAAAUGCCACCUCCAAUCCAUCAGAUGCCACCCAAUCUACCAGUACCAGAUCAAGUUAUGCAAGCACCACGACCAGAGCAGCCAGAAGUUCGCAUUCAAUUGCAACGUAUUCCAUUCCCGAUUCGUGGUGAAGUAUCAGAACCAAUUCAACUUCGUGAAAUUUUAACUGGACGCGAUAUGCCAAACAUGAGUCCUCAAGUACAGGUCCAACGAGUCCCCUUAUCGGUGGCCCUACAACGAGCUGGUAUCACUCCAGAUGAUUUACGAAACAUUCAACGCAUGGCUGAAGAACGUAUCCAACAAGAAUUGCGUCAUUUGGCCGCCGAAGAUAGUAGCAACCAAAGUAGCGGAGACUCUGCUGAUAGUUCCGACGACGAAGAGGAGUCAAAUUCACAAGACGAAUCCGAACAACAACCACAAAUCUUACAGAUUGGACGCGGUCCAUUCGCUCGUAAUUUAAUUACACCAGUCCGAAUUCCAGUCAAUAUGAUGCAACAAGAAACACCAGAAGAACCAGCCCCAUCAGACAGACCACACUUCGUUCAACCACGUUCGGUACGAAGCGUUGACAGUGUCCUAACUGGAGAAAAGCGUGUCAAACGUUGCGCAUGUGACUGUGCUUGCUAGUCACCAUAAAUUCGUAAAUUAAACAGCCAAUAAAAGCAUCAAUCUUCUAGCAAUAAAAUCCUAUGAUGCUACCCUCUCUCAGCAACAAGAGACGCGCAAAAUUGUGGCCAGUGAAAUUCAUAUACUUGUCACGUCCAAAUGGUUUUUGCUUGUGUAUAAAAAUUUACCGAAUAAAAUUUUUGUUUAGAUUUAUUUUUUAGAAUGUCCCAAACGUACAUAUACAGAAAAAGGAGUCUUUUAAUUGAAAAAUCUUGUAAAGUUAUAGAAAAUUCUAUUCCUAAAUGAGAAUAAAUUGUGAUUUUCGUUGUUUUCAAACAAACCGAACCGAGUUAUAGAGGAACUCAACUUUUUUUUUUGUUAAAUAAAUGUGAAGUCCACUUUUAUGUUUUUGUUUUGAGUAUUUUUAGCAUUGUACUUUCAUUCACAUAAGAUACUUAUGUGAGUUAACAUUUUUUUUGCUAUAAUUAUUAUUGUAUUGGGCCCGAACAGUAAUAAAAUUAUAUUUUUUU